AUGGAGAAAUCAACGCCUCGAGCAAUGGCGGCCGGUCCAUGGGCAUUGCUCCUCUUCGUCGCCGCCGGCGUGGUACUCCAAGCUCGCGCCCAGCCUGACAGCAAAGGAUUCAUAAGCAUAGACUGCGGCCUCUCGGGUAAGACGGGCUACGAGGAUGACAGCACCAAGAUCUCCUACGUCCCGGACGCCGGGUUCAUUGACGCCGGCACCAACCACAACAUAUCGGCAGAGUACGUAACCCCGUCCAUGGGCAAGCACUGGUACGACGUCCGCAGCUUCACCGGCACACGCAACUGCUACACGCUCCGUUCCCUCGUGCCCGGCGUCAAGUACAUCGUCCGAGCCAUGUUCAAGUACGGCAACUAUGACGGCCUCGACCGUCCCCCGGUGUUCGACCUCCACAUCGGCGUCAACUACUGGCACACGGUGAACAUCUCCGGACCGGGGGCGGCGAUUCUCCAGGAGGCCAUGGUGGUGGUGCCGGACGACUUCGUGCAGGUGUGCCUGGUGAACACCGGCACCGGGACUCCCUUUAUCUCUAGCCUUGACCUGAGGCCGCUGCACAGGACACACUAUCCGCAGGUGUCCGCGGUGCAGGGGCUGGCACUAACAACCAGGCUCAACUUCGGCCCGACCGACGACACCGUCAUCGUCAGGUAUCCCGAUGACCCACACGACCGGAUAUGGUACCCUAUGGUCGACACGACACGAUGGACCGAGAUAUCGACGACGCAAAAGGCGCAGAGUAGAGACGAUGAUUUCUUCGAGGCGCCGUCGACGGUGUUGCAGACAGCGAUCAGGCCUCGGAACGCCUCUCACAACUUAGAGUUCACAUGGUCCUCCGAGCCCACCCCUGUGGACCCGUCACCUGGGUACAUCGUCAUCCUGCACUUCGCCGAGCUGCAGAUCCUCCCUGGCAACGACGUGCGGCAGUUGAACAUCGUCCUAAACGACAAGCCAUGGUAUACGACAGGUUUCACGACGGAAUACCUCUUUGAUGCCGUCGCCUACAACACUCAACCCUUCCAAUACAACAGCCGUUACAACCUCAACGUCGAGGCCAGCGGUAACGCAACGCUACCUCCGUUCAUCAACGCUAUCGAGGUCUUCUCCGUCUUCCCCACCACAAACAUUGGCAGCGACUCCCAGGACGUAUCUGCAAUCACGGCGAUUAGGGCGAAAUAUCACGUUAGGAACAACUGGAUGGGUGAUCCCUGCGUUCCCAAUGCCAUGGCGUGGGAUAGGUUGGCCUGCAGCUACGCCAUUGGCAGACGUCCAAGGAUCACAAGCGUAAACCUGUCUUCUAGUGGUCUGAAUGGUGAUAUAUCGUCUUCUUUCGCGAACCUCAAGGCAGUCCAGUACUUGGACCUGUCAAACAACAACUUGAUGGGCUCGAUUCCAGAUGCCCUGUCGCAAUUGCCUUUGUUGACAGUUCUAGAUUUGUCAGGCAAUCAACUCAAUGGAUCAAUCCCCUCUGGACUCCUCAAAAGAAUUCAAGAUGGUUCCCUCAAUCUAAAAUAUGGCAACAAUCCAAAUCUUUGCACCAAUGGCGAUUCAUGCCAACUGCAUGCAAAAAAGAACAACAAGCUGGCACUCUACAUUGUUGUUCCUGCAGUUUUGCUUGUCGUGAUAGUGUUAAUGACAAUACUACUCAUCCGCUUGCUAAAACGAAAGAAGCAAGGAUCAAUGGACAACACCAUAACGCCGCAGAAUGAGACAAUCACGAGCCACGCAACUGCAAAUGAUGCCGGCGACGACAGUUCGCUGCGACGUCUUGAGAGCCGUCGCUUCACAUACAAGGAGCUUAAGAUGAUAACGAACAACUUCCAGCGAGUGCUCGGACAGGGAGGGUUUGGGUACGUGUACAGUGGCUUCCUAGAGGACGGUACCCAGGUUGCGGUGAAGCUGCGGUCACAUUCUUCCAAGCAAGGUGUCAAGGAGUUCCUGGCGGAGGCGCAGAUUUUGACACGGAUCCAUCACAUGAAUCUUGUGUCCAUGAUUGGUUACUGUAUGGAUGGGGAGUACAUGGCCCUUGUCUAUGAGUAUAUGUCCGAAGGAACCUUGCAAGAGCACAUUGAAGGAAGCAACCGCAACGGAGCUUGUCUGUCCUGGCCACAGAGGCUCCGAAUUGCACUUGAAUCUUCGCAAGGGCUGGAGUAUCUGCACAAGGGCUGCAAUCCACCCCUCAUCCAUCGGGACGUGAAGGCCACCAACAUACUAUUGAACGCCAAGUUGGAGGCUAGAAUUGCUGACUUCGGCCUAUCCAAGGCCUUCAAUAGCAAUGACCCCCACGUGUCUACGAACACGCUUGUCGGCACACCCGGAUAUGUCGAUCCUGAGUACCAGGCGACAAUGAAGCCGACAACCAAGAGCGAUGUAUACAGCUUUGGAGUCGUGUUGUUGGAGCUGGUCACGGGAAAGCCAGCCAUUUUGCGGGAGCCAGAGCCCAUCAACAUCAUCUGGUGGGCACGACGGCAACUAGCACAGGGAAACAUCGAGGCCGUGGUGGAUGGGCGCAUGCGAGGUGACUAUGAUGUUAACUCGGUAUGGAAAGUUGCAGACAUCGCCCUCAAAUGCACUGCACACUCCUCACUACAACGUCCCACCAUGACCGAUGUGGUGAUACAGUUGCAUGAAUGCAUCGAGCUAGAGAAUGGACGUGCUGCUGGCGACUAUGCGAACAACUUCUACACCGGUAGCAGCAACAAUGACCCAAACAUGAGUUAUGAUGCUUACACCACUGAUCAGUCCAGUAUUAUGAGUAGAAACAGCACUGCGUUUGAUACUGAGCAUAAUCUUCGGAGGGAACCAACAAUGCCCACUGGUCCUGCUGCACGUUGA